GAGAAGGCCUUGCUUCAAAAAGCUCACCGGGAACUGGAGGUCCAAUGUGAGGCGAAACAUGAGGCUCUACAGCAAUCAAAGGCAGAGGUGCAAGCUUUGCGUGAGCGAAGCGAGAUGCUGGAAGCUGAAAGGCUGAAUCUUGAGAAGUUGAAGGAGUGGGUAGAGGCCCGCCACAUCCCUGAAGAUCCUCCCCAGACAUCACUCGAGCUGUCCAAAGCUUUGGUGCCAAUACCGCCUCCGCAACCUGCCGACCGAGCCAUGAAUGCGCGGCUCUUCCGAAGU